AUGCUCCGGCAAGCCCUUUCCCGGACAGCGCUGCGGACCGGCAGACACGCCGUCCGGGCGUCACGGGCAUUUUCGGCCACAGCACAGAGACCAGCGGAGGUCGAGCUCACAAUCGCCGGUUCGGCCCUGAUCCAGGCCUGCGAGAAGGCGGGCGCGACGGUCCCAAGAUACUGCUACCAUGAAAUGUGCCUCGUGGAGGUCGAGCGUGCGCCGAAACCCGUCGCCUCCUGUGCGUGGCCCGUCCAGCCCGGCAUGGUCGUCAAGACCAACUCGCCACUGGUCCACAAGGCCCGUGAGGGUGUUAUGGAGUUCCUGCUUGCCAACCACCCUCUUGACUGCCCUGUCUGCGACCAGGGUGGCGAGUGCGAUCUCCAGGACCAGUCGAUGCGCUACGGUGCGGACCGCGGUCGCUUCCACGAGAUUGACGGCAAGCGCGCCGUUGAGGACAAGAACAUCGGCCCCCUGAUCAAGACGUCCAUGAACCGCUGCAUCCACUGCACCCGCUGUGUCCGCUUCGCCAACGACAUUGCCGGCAUGCCCGAGCUCGGCUCGACCGGCCGUGGCAACGACCUGCAGAUCGGUACCUACCUGGAGAAGAACCUCGACUCCGAGUUGUCCGCCAACGUGAUCGACCUGUGCCCCGUCGGUGCCCUGACCUCCAAGCCGUACGCCUUUAAGGCCCGUCCCUGGGAGCUGAAGCACACGGAGUCCAUUGAUGUGCUCGACGGCCUCGGCUCCAACAUCCGAGUCGACUCGCGUGGCCUCGAGGUUAUGCGCGUCCUCCCCCGCCUGAACGACGACGUCAACGAGGAGUGGAUCAACGACAAGUCGCGCUUUGCUGUCGACGGCCUCAAGACCCAGCGCCUCACUAUCCCCCUGGUGCGUCGCGAUGGCCGCUUCGAGCCCGCCUCGUGGGAGCAGGCCCUGGCUGAGAUCAACCACGGCUUCGCCAAGGCUGCCCCCAAGGGUAACGAGUUCAAGGCCAUCGCCGGCGCACUCGUGGAUGUUGAGUCGCUCGUCGUCCUCAAAGACCUGGCGAAUCGUCUCGGCUCUGACAAUCUGGCCUUGGACACCCCCAAUGGCAGCGCCCCUGUCGCUCAUGGCGUCGACGUCCGUUCCAACUACAUCUUCAACUCCCGGAUUGCCGGUAUCGAGGAAGCCGACGCCAUCCUGAUUGUCGGUAGCAACCCGCGGCACGAGGCCGCCGUUCUCAAUGCCCGCAUCCGCAAGCAGUGGCUGCGCUCCGACCUGGAGAUUGGCGUUGUUGGCGAGCCCUUCGAGUCCACUUUCGAGUUCGAGCACCUCGGCACCGACCACGCCGCUCUGAAGAAGGCUCUGGCCGGUCCGUUCGGCAAGAAGCUCCAGGCCGCCAAGCGCCCCAUGAUCAUUGUGGGUUCGGGUGUCACUGAGCAUGCCGACGCCAAGGGCUUCUACGAGCUGAUUGGCGGCUUUGUCGAGAAGAACGCUGCCACGUUCCUGACCGAGGAGUGGAAUGGCUACAACGUCCUGCAGCGUGAGGCCUCUCGUGCCGGCGCCUACGAGGUUGGCUUCGUGCCUCCGUCGGCCGCCGUCGCAGAGACCAAGCCCAAGUUCAUCUGGCUGCUCGGCGCCGACGAGAUCACCGAGGCGGAUAUCCCCAAGGAUGCGUUUGUCGUGUAUCAGGGCCACCACGGUGACAAGGGUGCGCAGCUGGCCGAUGUUGUCCUGCCCGGUGCCGCCUACACCGAGAAGUCUGGCACCUACGUCAACACGGAGGGUCGCGUGCAGAUGACGCGACCCGCCACGAGCUUGCUCGGUGCGGCACGCACGGACUGGAAGAUUCUGCGCGCGGCGAGCGAGUUCCUCAACGUGCCCCUGGCCUACGAUGACCUGGCGCAGGUGCGCGACCGCAUGGUGGAGAUCAGCCCGGCACUGGCCGCAUACGAUGUUGUGGAGCCGGUGGCACUCAAGCAGCUAAGCAAGGUGCAGCUGGCGGACCAGAACAAGGGCACCAAGGCGACGGGUGCGCCGCUGACCAAGGUCAUUGAGAACUUUUACUUUACUGAUGUCAUCUCAAGAAGCUCUCCUACAAUGGCACGGUGCUCCGCCGCCAAGGCAUCCGGCAACCCCAAGACCAACUUCAUGGCGCCCGGUACCGGCGAGGACAAGCCUCUGGGCCAGGUCGCCUAUGGCGUAUAG